GAAGGAAUCUUUCUGCUUCACCCUUCACAUUUGUUGAUUGCCUGGUUGAUGGAAGAAAGGAAGAAAAUUUGUGUUUAUGGAAGUUCAGAAAAGGUGAAGAUUGUGCUGCAUGCAGGACGUCUGGGCUGAGACACUACCAUGAUCCCCGGGCUCAUUUUCCUACUUUCCCUUGGACUUUGUCUGGAUCAAAAGAUACGCGCCCAGAAUGGUUCUGUUUCUUUCCCAGUGAUCAAACCCUCCAUCUGGGCAGUGCCAGGUGCUGUGGUUCCCCAGCACAGUUCUGUGACCAUCUGCUGUAGGGGACCUCCAGGAAUGACUACUAUGCGUCUGCAAAGAGCAGAAUUCACAGAGUGGGAUGACAAAAUCCCACAUGGAGCCCAGGAGGUUGUCAAGUUCUCCAUCCAGGAUGUGACACAAAUCCAUGCAACGAUUUAUUACUGUGAAUACUGGAAGGAAGGAACCUGGUCAGGAAUCAGUGAUCCACUGAAGCUGGUGGUGACAGGAGUUUUCAAAGACAUACCCUCUUUGACUGCUCAUCCAGGUCCCCGUGUGACCUCAGGAGAGAAUGUGACCCUACUUUGUCACUCAGUUUAUCACUAUGACAUCUUCCAUCUGUACAAAGAUGGAAGAAAUGCCUUCUCCCUGGACUAUUUCCGUCAGGACCAUAACACCUUCCUCGUCUCCCCUGUGACUCUGACCAGUGAGGGCACCUACAGAUGCUGUGGUUCUUCUAAACCACACCUUCUCCUCUGGUCACUGCCCAGCGAAACUCUUGACCUUUUGGUCACAGAUCCAUAUGGUCUUGAACAAGGAUACACUCACAUUUUGAUUGGGGUCUCAGCCGCCGUUGUCUUUAUUCUUCUCUUCCUCCUCCUCUUUUUUCUUUGCUGUUGGUAUCAGGCCAAACACAUAGGAGCCACUGAUGGUGAGACCAAGAACCAAGUGAAGUAUAAGAGCUCCAGCCCAUUUCUGGAUGUCCAGGAAGAUAAUCAAUAUGCUGCCUUUAAGGACUUCCAACCUGAGGAGGAUGAACAGAUGGAUACGCAGGUCCUCACAGCAGAAGACCCCGAAGAAGUGACCUAUGCCAUGCUGCAACAGGAAACCCUUAUGAGGAGUGUGGAUCUGCUGUCCUCCAAUACCCUCUGGGAUGCCUCUCAACAGCCUUGUGUGUAUGUCACCCUCGCCUUGCCCUUCCCCCUCCCCAAGCCCUCCCUCCAGGCCUCCCCCAGUGCCCUGGUACCUCUGAAGAAGUCAGUGGUCAUCCAAUGCCAGGGGCCUCCGGGUGUGGACUUGUACCGCCUGGAAAAACUGAAACCCAGGAGUUAUGAGGAUCAGGCAGUUCUUUCCAUCCCGGUCAUGAAGGAGAGUUUCGCCGGACAGUACCGCUGCUCCUAUCAGAACGGGACCCUCUGGUCUCCACCCAGUGACCUGUUGGAUCUGGUUGCUACGGGAGUUUUUUCCAAGCCCUCACUCUCAGCCUGGCCCAGCUCAGCAGUGUCACCAGGAGGGGAUGUGACCUUAUCAUGUCAGGCUCAGUAUGGCUUUGACCGCUUUGCUCUGCACAAGGAAGGAGACCCUGGGCCCUCCAAGAGCCCUGAGAGGUGGUACCAGGCCGAAUUCCCCAUCAUCACUGUGACUGCUGCCCACAGUGGGACCUACCGAUGCUACAGUUUUUCCAGUUCAUCCCCAUACUUGUGGUCGCACCCUAGUGACCCCCUGGAGCUCGUGGUCACAGGAACCUCUGUGACUCCCAGCUGGUUAUCUGCAGAGCCAUCUUCCUUUGUAUCAGAAUUCCCAGAAGCCUCCAGAAAACUGACCAUCUCACCUAUGAACAAAGGCUCCACAACCAGGACAUCUAAGAACACUGUCUUUUCAACAGAAUCAGGCUCUCCAACUGGCCCUCCACACCAGCACUACACCGAGGCCAAUUUGGUCCGGAUAUGCCUUGGUGCUGUGAUUCUAGUACUCCUGGUGGGGAUUCUAGCAGAAGACUGGCACAGCCGGAAGAAACUCCUGGUGCACAGAGUCAGAGCUGUCCAAAGACCACUCCCACCACUCCUGCAGACCCAAAAAUUACAUCAGUCAGGAUAGAGGUCAACCAAAUGCACAUAGCUAUGGGUGCCACCAUUAGAACCACAGGCACGGUCAUAUCUAAGAGAGGGAUCAUGUGAGUGUGUGGAGAGUGAGAAAGAAGGUAGAGGCUG